UCAAAACUCACAUGGGUAAUGGGUUAAGCGGAAAAAUUACGCUUCUGAAAGUAUAAAAGCGACUUAGCGGAGAAGUUUCCUUCCGUUGAAAAAAGUUUAUCUGAAGAAGAGAGGUUGAGCAUCAUCAUCGCAAUUAGGGCACAAUUAACGCCAAGAAAAUGAGGAAGAGAAGUGUGUGGGCAUGGGGAGUUGCAAUCGUCUGCUUCAUAGUGCUCAUGAUUGUUACUCCAGCAAUUCCUCAGUCUCAAGAAUAUCAUAAUUUUGCCGAUCAACGCAAGUUUCUAGGGAUUCCCAAUGCACUGAAUGUGGUCUCAAAUUUCCCUUUUCUUGUGAUCGGUCUGAUAGGUCUUGUACUUUGCCAUCAUGGUAACUAUUUCAAGCUGAGCUUGCAAGGAGAGCUUUGGGGUUGGACGUGCUUCUAUAUUGGUGUGGCAGCUGUUGCUUUUGGGUCUGCUUACUAUCAUCUCAAGCCAAAUGAUGCUCGUCUUGUGUGGGACAGAUUGCCAAUGACUGUUGCAUUUACGUCUAUCAUUGGUAUCUUUAUUAUUGAAAGAAUAGAUGAGAGAAAGGGAACUGUGUCUCUCAUUCCAUUGAUUCUUGCUGGUGUAGUAAGUAUUAUGUAUUGGAGGUUCUUUGAUGAUCUCCGUCCCUAUGCGGCAGUGCAAUUUGUACCGUGCUUAGCCAUCCCACUCAUGGCUAUUUUGCUACCUCCGAUGUACACACAUUCCACUUAUUGGCUGUGGGCUGCAGGAUUUUAUCUUUUAGCGAAGAUUGAAGAAGCAGCUGAUAAGCCAAUCUACAACUGGACUUAUCAUAUUGUAAGUGGCCACACAGUCAAACACUUAUGUGCUGCAAUGGUGCCUGUCUUCUUGACAUUAAUGCUUGCGAAAAGGGACAUUGAAACAAAUCGGAUCAGUUUAUUUCAAAGUUGGAGAAUAUCUUGGAGUAAAACAAAAGAAAAUGGAGCAGCAGUGGAUAGUCUCACUUGUACUUAUUCGGGUGUGGCAGUUGAGGAAUCCCAUUGAGGAGAGGGAACUUGUUGUCAUUUCAUUGACACAAAAACUCUUUUAGCUUAUAAACAGGGGGGGGGAAAAGGCUAAAUCAAGUGUCGGAAAACAACUACUCUGGUACCUUGUCCGUACAUCAGAAAGAACAAUGUAUAAAAAUCACGUGUUAAUAUAUAAAAGAAAUUUAGUGCUAUGU